AUGGACAUGCUAUACUUCAUCAUCGACUGCCACAAGGACGGCAAGCACGUUCCCCCUCACGGGGAGUUCCACAAACUCUUCUUCACCGCGCGGGAGCACAAUACGUCGGACUCGGAGGGGUAUGUGGAGAAAAUGGCAUUUAGGAUUAUGUUCGAGGAGAUCGUAUAUGACGUGCUGACAGCAUGGGAUCGGUUCACCGGUGGUGCCACUGUCAUGAUGCAUGUCAAUGCCAAUGUUCCACCAAACACGGUCCUGCACGUCCAGAACGUCAAGAUCCAUGCGUACAUUCCUCCUCCUCUCGUCAUCGAAGAUCGACAAGCAAGAUACUCUAUCGCGCGCAUGGCACAAGAGUUCGCGAAGGAAAUCGGUAUCCCUGCUAUCCGUCAAUUCCACUCUGCCUACAACACAUCCAUCAAGUCGUAUGCUCUCAUCGAGCACCCCGAAGGUCCGUUCGCAUCAACACCUCACCACGGUGUUCGCUCUGCCUCUCGGACGCCCCUCAUCCCACCUCCUUUGCACAAAAUGACCCAGUACAUGUUCUAUGGAUGUCCGGAUGGCGAGGUUGAGGAUAUGAUCACGGCCGAGGAGGAGAAGCACCAGCCCUGCACGACGAACCUAUUGCCUCUCUACGAGAGUGAUCACACCUCGUCAGAAGGGCCGGGAUCGGUGCCGGAGGGUGACGCCCCUCCAUCGGAAGGGAGUGUGGCCUCAGACAGCGAUGACACCCUCGACGAGAGCGAUGAACUUCGCACUCGCGAGCAGGAACACCUGCUGGAGAUCCGGCUCCUGAAGGAGAAGCUCGAGAAGCUCGAGCGGCGCAGCAGCAUUCAAUUCGUCGAGCUGUCGUGCCGCAGUGAGGAGCUGGAGAUCCUCAAGCUCCAGCUUGCUCUCGCGCGCAACCCGACGCCUGUACCGGUGGCGCUCGCUGACUCGGAGACCUCUGGGGCGCGGGCGCAGACUGUUAUCUCUGAUACCAUGCCGUCUGUCUCGUCCAUCUCGUCCAUCUCGAGUCCCGCCGCGUGCGCCCCACAGACGUAUGGCGACAAUGUUCCGCCUAGUCAGCGAGUCCCUCUCUUCAGGCAACCGGCUUCUCCGUGUCACCCUGUACACGCUCUGCUUGUGCCUUUCGGCGAGCACUCCAAGAAGGCCCUUGCCGAGUUUGGUCUUCCCGACAAUUGGUACGAGACUUUUUGGAAGCUCGAACGCAACUCCCUUCCUGAAAACUAUGUUCACGAGAUCAACCUUCAUGGUCUUCACAUGGAGGUGGCGAGGGAGCUGGCGGCUGUGAUGAAGAAGGACCAGGGACUUUGA